GAGCCCAGCCAUGAGGAAUGCCUCAGUGGUGACCGAGUUCAUCCUGCUGGGCAUCCCACACACAGAGGAUCUGGAGACCGUGCUCUUUGUCCUGUUUUUGACCUUCUACGUCUUCACUCUUGUGGGAAACCUGCUCAUCCUGCUGGCCAUUGCCUCCUCCGCUCGACUGCACACCCCCAUGUAUUUCUUCUUGUGUGAGCUGUCUGUGUGUGACAUAUUUUUCCCUUCUGUGAGCUCCCCCAAGAUGCUCUUCUACCUCUCAGGGUACAGCCGAGCCAUCUCCUAUGCCGGAUGUGUGUCCCAGCUGUUCUUUUACCAUUUCCUGGGCUGCACCGAGUGCUUCCUGUACACGGUGAUGGCCUAUGACCGCUUCGUGGCCAUCUGUCACCCUCUACGCUACCAGGUGAUCAUGAGCCCCAGGGUGUGUGCCAUCCUGGCCUCGGGGACCUCGUUUUUUGGCUGUGUUCAGGCCACCUUUCUAACCACUCUCACCUUCCAGUUACCCUACUGUGGCCCCAAUGAGGUGGACUAUUUCUUCUGUGACAUCCCCGUGAUGCUGAAGCUGGCUUGUGCGGACACCGCAGCCCUGGAGAUGGUGGGGUUCAUCAGUGUGGGCCUCAUGCCCCUCAGCUGCUUUCUUCUCAUCCUCGCCUCCUACAGCCGCAUUGUCUACUCCAUCCUGCAGAUCCGCUCCACCCAGGGCCAACGCCAUGCCUUCUCCACCUGCAGCGCCCACCUCACUGCCAUCCUACUUUUCUACAUGCCAGUGGUCCUCAUCUACUUAAGGCCAACGCCAAGCCCCUGGCUGGAUGCAAUGGUUCAGGUCCUGAAUAACCUGGUCACCCCCAUGCUGAACCCCUUGAUCUACAGCCUCAGGAACAAGGAGGUAAAAUCAUCUCUGAGGAAAGUCCUGCAUCAACUGGGCUUUCUUCCUGAGCACUUGUAGUGAAUGAACAGUAGCCAACAAUUGAAGUGCACUUACAAGCUAUAAACUAUUUUUAUAUGCAUCUCACAAAUAUCUUUUUAAAUGGGAGAGUCCAGAUAUUAGGAUUUGCCUCCAUUGUACAAUAUGAGCACUAGGAUUCAAAGAGUUCAAGUGGGUUGAACGUGAAGCAUAUGUAAGGAGUGAUGGCAGAAUGACUUCUACCUCUUGGCCGGUUUUCUGAGUCUGGGGCCUGUGCUUUCUCGAGGACAUCAUAUUGCUGAUGAGGUGGAAAGGAGCCUGCCACAGCAGGCAGAAUAACCUGCACCUUCUGCUUCUCAAGCUUUAUUUUCUUUGUCCACCUGCACCCCUUGGUCCUCUUCUUUGUCCUCCUCACCCUGACACUCUAUCUUGGCUGCGUUAUUGUCUCCUCAAAUGCCUGAAAUGAAUAAACCCUCAUUGUAUUGGUCUACAUAUUGCUGUGAAAAAAUGGAGUUGUGUAAAGAGAAUGACU